AUGGUACAAAAGACCAGUAUGUCUCGGGCCUCUUAUCCACCCACCCAGGAUAUCCCGAUGGAGGUCUUCGACCCCAGCUUACAGCAAGGCAAAUACAGCAAAAGGAAGGGACGCUUUAAACGCUCUGAUGGCAGCACCUCCUCUGAUACCACAUCUAACAGCUUUGUCCGACAGGGCUCCGCGGAGUCCUAUACCAGUCGGCCCUCGGACUCAGAUGUAUCUCUGGAGGAGGACAGGGAAGCCCUAAGGAAGGAGGCAGAGCGCCAGGCAUUGGCACAGCUUGAGAAAGCUAAGACCAAGCCAGUGGCAUUUGCAGUGCGGACAAAUGUGGGCUACAAUCCAUCACGAGGGGAUGAGGCACCUGUCCAGGGCAUGGCCAUCACCUUUGAACCCAAGGAUUUUCUGCACAUCAAGGAGAAAUACAAUAAUGACUGGUGGAUAGGCCGGCUGGUAAAGGAAGGCUGCGAGGUAGGCUUUAUCCCCAGCCCUGUCAAACUGGACAGCCUACGGAUGGUUCAGGAACAGAAGAUGCGUCAGAAUCGUCUCAGUUCCAGCAAAUCAGGUGACAACUCGAGUUCCAGUCUGGGAGAUGUCGUGACUGGCACCCGAAGACCCACGCCGCCAGCCAGCGCCAAACAGAAGCAGAAAUCGGCGGAACAUGUCCCCCCUUACGAUGUGGUACCUUCCAUGAGGCCCAUUAUCCUGGUGGGACCAUCACUCAAGGGUUACGAGGUCACAGAUAUGAUGCAGAAAGCUUUAUUUGAUUUCUUAAAGCAUCGAUUCGAUGGCAGGAUCUCCAUCACUCGGGUAACAGCGGACAUCUCUCUUGCCAAGCGUUCUGUCCUCAACAACCCCAGCAAACACAUCAUCGUUGAGCGUUCCAACACUCGCUCCAGUCUGGCUGAGGUACAGAGUGAAAUUGAAAGGAUCUUUGAGUUGGCCCGGACCCUACAACUAGUUGCCCUGGAUGCUGAUACCAUCAACCAUCCUGCUCAGCUGGCCAAGACAUCACUGGCCCCUAUCAUCGUUUACAUCAAGAUUACCUCCCCCAAGGUACUCCAGCGGCUCAUUAAGUCCCGAGGAAAAUCUCAGUCCAAACACCUCAAUGUUCAGAUAGCAGCGUCAGAAAAAUUGGCACAAUGCCCACCUGAAAUGUUUGACAUCAUCCUGGAUGAGAACCAACUGGAGGACGCCUGUGAGCAUCUGGCAGAAUACCUGGAGGCCUAUUGGAAAGCUACCCACCCACCUAGUAGCACACCACCCAACCCGCUGCUCAACCGUACCAUGGCCACAGCAGCUCUGGCUGCCAGCCCUGCCCCUGUCUCCAACCUCCAGGGAGCCUACCGCGUGCCUGGGGACCAAGCACCCGAGCGGGCAGUGGGAGAGCGCGCCAGCUUACAUGAGUACCAGGGUGAGCCCCAAGGCCACCACACCGGCAGCAGCCACCCUCCUGGCCGGGUAGGCACUCUUCGGUCACUGUCCCGCCAGGACACUUUUGAUGCUGACGCCUCAGGCAACCGUAACUCUGCCUACAUAGAGCUGGGGGACUCUUGUGUUGACAUGGAGACUGACCCCUCUGAGGGCCCAGGGCCCGGAGACCCCGCGGGGGGCAACUCUCCCCCUGCCCGACAAGGCUCCUGGGAGGAGGAAGAGGAAGAAGAGGAGCUUCCGGACAACCGAAAUCGGGCCACGCCCCGGGGCCCUGCCAAACCCCAGUAUUGUCCAGAAGGGGGCGGGACCAUGCUGGGCCGGAACAAGAACGAGCUGGAGGGCUGGGGGCGAGGAGUCUAUAACCGCUGA